AGAUUGCACUCCAAUCUUCUCGGCCAAAUCAGUGCUCUGAUCUUCUCCGGUUUCGAUCUCGAAGAAGAUGAGGGUAGUGUAUUCUUCUAUCCCCAUCUAUUUGCAGCUAGCUUUUCUCCUGCUCGUCGCUUCCUUUUCUGGAUCGAAUUCGUUGCCGGCGAACGAUCCGUUUCUCGGCAUUCCCCCUCAAGACGAGAAGUAUUACAAGUCGUCUUCAGAGAUAAAGUGUAAGGAUGGAUCAAAGAAAUUCACGAUAGCUCAGCUCAAUGACGACUUUUGUGAUUGUCCGGAUGGGACUGACGAGCCAGGUACCUCAGCAUGCCCAAAUGGAAAAUUCUAUUGCCGUAAUGCAGGCCACUCUCCCCUGAUUUUAUUUUCUUCCAGAGUCAAUGAUGGUAUUUGUGAUUGUUGUGAUGGAAGUGAUGAGUAUGAUGGUAAAGUGAAAUGUCCAAAUACAUGCUGGGAGGCGGGAAAAGCGGCUAGAGAAAAAUUGAAGAAAAAGAUUGCUACAUAUACUGAAGGGCUUGUUUUAAGGAAACAGGAAAUCGAACAGGCAAAGGCAGGCCUGGUGAAAGACGAAGCAGAAUUGAAGAAGCUCAAAAGUGAGGAGCAAAUUUUGAAAGGCCUAGUUCAACAGCUUAAAGAGCGUAAGGAACAAAUUGAGAAGGUGGAGGAAAGGGAGCGUCUCCAGAAAGAAAAGGAGGAGAAGGAAAGAAAAGAAGCUGAAUUAGCAGCCCACCAAGAAAAGGGGGACGCUGAGGAGAAAAAAGAUGAUAGCGAAGAGGUUGGUGAAAGCACACAUGAGGAAAAGAUGCCAGGAGGAUCACAUGACGAAGGAAAGCCCUAUGAAAGCACACAUAAAGAUGAGAUUGUUAAUGUCGAGGACUUUUCUCCAGCCGAGGUGGCAGCAGUCAAAACUGACCUGGCGGGUAUAUCAGAAGAGGCUUCUCCUCCUAAACCUGCAGACCUGAAUGUUGUGGAGGAGAAGAAGGGGAAUUCUCCCUCAUCCGAGGAUUCUUCCACAGGUGUCUCUGAAAAUGAUGGUAACACUGAAAAGGAGGAGCAAGAUGAGGCAAAGAUAACGGAGGAUGUUACAUCUGAGAGCACUGAGGAGCUAUCGAAGGAGGAGUUAGGACGUCUUGUUGCCUCUCGUUGGACAGGAGAGAAAUCUGAUAAGGAGUCCGAGGCAGCUGAUAGUGCUAAAGUUGACAAUGAGGAAAGCCAUGAGCAUGUGUCCAGUUCACAUGAGGAGGAUGAUGGCUUUGUUUCUGAUACUGACGAUGAUACUGGCAACGAUGGAAAAUACAGCGACCAUGAGGCAGAAGAUGAUGCCUAUGAGGAAGAGUAUCACGAUCAUGGUGAUUCUAGUUCCUCCUAUAAAUCUGAUGUAGACGAUGAUGAUCUGGAUUUGUCAGAAACUACCACCUCAAGCCCAUCUUGGUUGGAGAAGAUACAACAGACUGUCAAGACCAUUCUCCAAGCUGUGAAUUUGUUCCAAACUCCAGUAGACAAAUCUGAGGCUGAUCGCAUACGCAAAGAAUAUGAUGAGUCCAGUUCGAAAUUAUCUAAGAUACAGUCAAGGAUAUCAAGCUUGGAAAAGAAGCUGAAGAAAGACUUCGGACCUGAGAAAGAGUUCUAUUCAUUCUACGGUCGUUGUUUCGAGAGCAAACAGGGCAAGUAUACUUAUAAAGUCUGCCCGUAUAAAGAAGCAUCCCAGGUGGAGGGUUACUCUACAACUCGGUUAGGGGAAUGGGACAAAUUCGAGGACUUGUACCAAAUCAUGGCGUUUUCGAAAGGUGACAAGUGCUGGAAUGGUCCUGAUAGAAGCUUGAAGGUAAAGCUAAGAUGUGGAAUGAAGAACGAGCUAAUGGAUGUUGAUGAACCGAGCCGCUGCGAGUAUGUAGCCGUGUUAUCAACACCGGCCCUUUGUUUGGAAGAUAAGCUUAAAGAACUACAACAAAAGCUCGAUCAGUUGAACCAAGAACUGCCUCAGAACCACGACGAACUCUGAGCAAUGAAUCCCGGAGAUUUUCGUAUUACUAAAAGGUAGAUUAAUCGUCCUUUUGCUCGCUCUCUCUCGCUCUCUCGGAAGUGAGAAAAAGGGCUGUUGGCUUGGUGGGAGAGGAUGAAACUAGGUUAUGAAAUGCAGAAAGGAUUAUACUCAGUGAAAACUCUGGAUUAGGGUUCAUCGCCUAACUGGUAAAAGAGCAACAUUCCCAUAUAUAUUUAUUGCCUUCAUCAUGAGCAUUCUGACGACAUUAGCAUGAAGAAUAUUCGUACGUUGUUCCCUUGCUUUUAGGCUUCGAAGCUUCAAAAUA